GCUUAGGAAGCUAAAAUUUAGUUCCUUCUAUAUAGUAGGAUUGGCACAUGGUCUGAAAUUUUUCAAAGUGUCAUGGUAUGUUCUUAAUUCAAAGAAAAAUAGUUAUCCGAAAAUAUUUGUUAAAAUUCCAAGCUUGACCCCUUGGAUACAACAAAAUAUGUUAACCUAUACAAAUGAGAGAAAUAAUAUGGAUGAUGUUGAUGAUGUGCAUGUAAGACAAAAUUAUAUCACACUUUCCUUUACAAUCUUUGCAUUCCAAAACAAAAGGUACAGUUGGGCUGCUCCCUUGUUAGGUGAAAAAAUCUCACACAACACACACACACACAUCUCACUCUCUCUCCACGCUAUGUCUAUAUCUCCCCUAAAAUAAUGCAUCCAACAAUAUAUAUUGCUUUGGAGUACACUGCAUGCUCUCAUAGUCUCACAGUUUGUUGCUCCUCCAAAAAAGAUUCACAAGAACUGAGAGAAAAUGGAAUGGACAACGACAAGAAACUUAGAAAACGUGAGAGUUGCUUUUAUGCCACCGCCAUGGCCGGAGUCAAGCUCAUUUAACUCGCUCCAUAGCUCCAACUAUGAUCCUUAUUCAGGAAAUUCAUGCACACCGACAGAUGCGCAAAUCGGACCGGUUAUCUCUGUACCGGAAUCAGAAAAGAUAAUCAAUGCGUACCAAUUUCCAAGCUACGACAACGAGAUGAUAAAGAAGAAGAGACUAACGAGUGGACAAUUAGCUUCACUUGAACGGAGCUUUCAAGAAGAGAUCAAACUAGAUUCAGACAGGAAGCUGAAGCUGUCGAGAGAGCUUGGUUUGCAGCCACGUCAGAUCGCGGUUUGGUUCCAGAACCGCCGUGCACGGUGGAAGGCGAAGCAGCUUGAGCAGCUAUACGAUUCGCUCAGGCAAGAGUACGAAGUUGUUUCUAGAGAGAAGCAGAUGCUGCACGAGGAGGUGAAGAAGCUAAGAGCUCUACUAAGAGACCAGGGAUUGAUCAAGAAACAGAUCUCCGGUGGUGAAGACAUGACGGAGAUUCCAUCGGUGGUGAUAGCUCAUCCAAGAGCAGAAAAUUUAAACAACAAUCAAAUCAAUGGAGAAAAUCAAAUUUACGUUGUUGAUCAGUACAACAACCCGAUGCUCAUCACUUCCUCUUGCUGGCCCCCUUUCCCGUAAUAGCUUGUGCUUAUCUUAGAGGGAGAGAGAGACAUUAAUGUUAGAUUAAGACAAGCUUUAAUUUUAUAUCACUGCACUUUCUUAAAACAUAAAUGGAACGUUCUUGUGUCCCAAGCCAAAUAAUAUAUUCACUAGAUUUUGACCCGCGCAUAGAAAGCGCGGGUUUAUUUUUGAAAUUAAAUAAAUUCUUCUUAUAUAAGAGAUAAUGUAUAAGUUUGAGUACAUUUAUCCGAGUGCACUGAACCGUACCAAACUGGAAAAAAAAAUUCAAAAUUAAGCUGAAUUUUAUAAAUAAUCGAGCAUAGAAAAAAUAGAAACUAAAGUAAGGACCAAAUGAAUACUUAAAUUUUUAAAAUACAAAUUAUAUACCUAUUAAACAUAACUAAACCAUUGAAAAUUUAUACUAUUAAUAGAAUUAUAUGUGGUAAUGAUCACAUUUGAAUAAUCUAUCAUAUAUUCAUAUGGAUUUAUUGUUAGAGCAAUUAUAUAAUAGAUUAUGAGAGAAUAAUAAAUAAAUUCAUUUAAAUUAUAUAAAGUAUUUAUAUAGUUAAAGAAAUAUAAGUUAAGACCAAAUAAAUAGUUAAGUCUAAUGAAAUGGUCCAACAACAUUGUUUAAGUAGAUUAUUUAGGAAUGAUUCUCUUUUAAUAGUAUAGAUUCCACAGUAGUUAUUAUCUUAUUGCUAUUUGAAAGUUGCCUUUUCCUUAUGUGUUGUUGUGUUGCUUGCCUGCAACUUCUUGCUUCUUAGGCCAUCAACAUUGGUUGAAAGACUCCUUAGAUUUCUUAACACAUGUUUUUAUAUCUAUUAAUAAUAACAGAUCUCCUAUAAUUGUAACACUUGUUAAAAAAAAAUCCCAAGAAAUAUUUGAGUCUCUCAUGGAGAGAGACUCUCUUUUUUUCUCUUAUUUUUUUUUUAUUAUUAUUUAUUCUCAAUAAACUCUUUGAGAUACUCAUUAAUGCUCAUGCCCUUUGAUUUUUGCAAUAGUAUUACAUUUAUUUUCAUUCCACAGUAUUCGUUAUUCGUUAUUUGAUGCAUGAGCUUUGAAUAACGCUUCAGUUGUAAAAAGAAAAAGAAUAUCCAUCUAGGGCAACGACUGACUAUGGGAGGAGUAAUUCGUUUUCACUUGUUAAAAACUACAUCGGGCCCAUAGGAACGUAUUUUUAUUUUUUGUCAGGCCAUUAGAAACAUUAUAAAUUUACAAUAUACUAACACGUAAACAAUACAAUUUUUUUUCGUCGGCCGUUAACAAUACAAUUUAACCCAUUAAGUAAAGCCCAUACGGAAUCCAAGUUGCAUGAAAAAGGGUUUCGUGAAAUAUAUAUAAUUUUCUUACAUUCAGUAGAAGAAAUUAGAUAAAAGUUGGGCAAAAACAAGCCGAGUGUUUACGGAAAAAAACAUAACUAAUAUAUUUACGAUGCCAAUGAAUAAAAAUAUCAGAAAAAAAAGAAUUGAGUAACUUAGCAAGGGUUCAUUUUUUUCAAAAAAAACUUAGCAAGGGUUCAUUUUUUUCAAAAAAAACUUAGCAAGGGUUCAUUUUUCUCGGCUACAAUUUUCUUAAAUCUCUUAACUAAGCACUGAUAGUCAAUGGUAGCAUGGUUGUAAAAACAAUUUGAGAUAUACGUAAAUUCUUCCGUUUUGGAUCCAAUUCAACAAAAAUAAUAAUAAUUAUUUGUAUGGUUGAACGACAUAAAAUAAAAAAAUACAAGACUUUCUUUUGGUACUAUCUUUUGGCGAUAUUUAUUUGGUUUCGACUUAGAUAUCUUUAUCAAUAAAUAUUUAUUCAUUUUAAAAUAUUCUAUAAUUUAGAA